AUGCGCCGAGGCGAGCGCUGGUCUGGAGAACCGCGCGCGUGCGCUGAGACGUGCGCAGACCCGGGGGAGCCGCGCCCAUGCGCCCAGGUGAGCGCACUCCCGGAGACCGCGCGCACGCGCCGAAGCCAGCGCAGCCCCGGAGACGGCGCGCACGCGGUGCCGAACGAGCCUUCGCGCCGCGGGACUGCAGCCUUCCUCCGCCUGCCGCGGGCGGGAGUGCGGGGUCGACAGCUGCCCCCGCUCGGAGCGCACCGACCCCCCGAAGGGCACGCUCGUCAGAGGGCGAGCUCUGCGGCGUGCAAGUUGCGUCCCUGCCCGGCUGUCACGAAGGAAGAGGAAGAAACAGGCUGUGUGCACGACGCCGGGACUGAAGGAGAGCGCGGGCUCUUGGCACCUGGAGCUCCUGACCCGAGGCGUCGCCGCGCCGGGUGCCCGCCACCAACCCGCCGCACGAUGCGCCCCAGGCGGGCGGUGGCCGCCGCGGAGAAGCGCGAUGACUGGAUGAGAGGUGCACAGAUGAGCCAAUCAGAUCUUUUCCUGGGAACAGAGACUCUGGACUUGGAAGUGCUCAUCGGCCUCCUCUGGGGGCACAACGCCUUCUACCAUAUGUGUGGCAUGAAGACAGAGCAAAUGAGAGACCGUGUGGCCCCAGGGACACUCACGCUCUCGGAGAGCGGAGCCAAGACGGUGGCCGAGUCGGAGUACGAGUCUGUGCUGUGUGUGAAGCCGGACGUCAGCACCUACCGGAUUCCGCCCUGGGCCUCCAACCAUGGUUACAGGGCAUCUGACUGGAAAUCAGACCGGCCUGAUUGGACUGGUCGCCUCCGAAUCGCUUCAGAAGGGAAGACUGCCGACAUCAAACUCCAGGACAAGGUGUCAGGAGAGCUCUUUGCUCAGGCACCAGUAGAACAAUAUCCUGGUAUUGCUGUGGAGACAGUAACAGAUUCCAGCUGCUACUUUGUAAUCUGGAUCCAGGAUGGUACAGGGCAUAGUGCUUUCAUUGGCAUUGGCUUCACAGAUCGGGGAGAUGCCUUUGACUUUAAUGUCUCGUCGCAGGAUCACUUCAAGUGGGUGAAGCAGGAAUCUGAGAGUUCCAAAGAAUCUCAGGAAAUGGAUACUCGUCCCAAGUUGGAUCUGGGCUUCGAGGAAGGACAGAUCAUCAAGUUGAGUAUUGGGAACAUUACAUCCAAGAAGGGAGGUGCUUCUAAGCCCAGGACUUCAGGGGCUGGGGGCCUAAGCUUACACCCACCCCCACCUGGAGGCAAGGUCACUAUACCACCUCUGUCCUCCUCAGUUGCCAUCAGCAAUCAUGUCACACCUCCACCCAUUCCAAAAUCUAACCAUGGAGGUAGUGAUGCAGAUAACCUUUUAGAUUUGGAUUCUCCUGCUCCUAUCAUGACACCAGCACCAGCCCCAAUUUCUGCAAGCAAUGACUUGCGGGGAGACUUUAGCACUGCAUCCAGCAGCUCUGUUCCAAACCAGGCACCACAGCCAUCCAACUGGGUCUAG